AUGUCGGACUGGGCGCCGCCAUCACAAGUAGUGGUGGAGGUCAGGCUGGCCGACUACGACCACCCUAUCCGCGAUAAAGUGCCGGGCACAGUGUCGGACGGGCAUGUCGGUGCCGGCGUGCUUUCCGCGACGUCGUUCGGGUGGGUAGCGAUACAGAUCGACCAUCUGACAGGCGAGAAGGGUCGUAGUGGGGUGAGCAUCGAGAGCGUCGGGAUGAAGGGGCUGAAGGCUUUGCGCGACAGCAUGGUUGAGUACGUCGGCAAGGUCAUUGCCGUAAAACGCACCGCGGCGCCGACUUCUCAAGCUGCCGGACCCGCCGACAGUGCCAUUGAUGACGACGGCGCGGAAGGACAGAAGGCGCCCCAAGGUGCAGUUGCUGCCCAGCAUCAGGGGAACGCGAGGGUGCAUGGGGAAGGUGGAAACGGUGGAGGAGGCGACGCAGAGGCAGGUGCGGGAAGGUUGGAAACGGAGAAUUCGUCGUCGUCGUCUGAGUCGGAGUCGGAGUCGGAGGAGGAAGACGAGGCGGUGAAGCGUAAGGACAAGGAUGAGGAGGAGGAGGAGGAGGAGGAGGAGGAGGAGGAGGAGGAGGAGGAGGAGGAGGAGGAGGAGGAGGAGGAGGAGAAUAAGGACGAGAAUGGUGAGAAGUGGGAGGGAGGGAAGGAUGAGGAGGGGGGGGAUGAAGAGGUGGAGCUCGUGGUGGAGUAUGUAGAGGGUACAGUUGAGGCGGGAGCGGCGAAAGAGGCGGUGGGGCCGGCAGAUCAGGGGAACGAGGAAGAGAAGGAUGACGGCGCGGGAAAUGCUACGAGGUCGGCAGAUGUGGGGAAGGAGAAGGGCGAGGUCGGCGUGGAGGCAACGACGGGAAAUGGCCUUCAUGAGGCGGCCUGCGAGGGAGGUGGGAAGGUGUCGGUCGACGCCGGCGAAGGGGCGAACAACACGGGCGUGCAGGAGAACGGGGAAGCACCUGGUCGGCAGGGCCCUGAACUGGACGAUGUUGAGGAGCUGCGACGGGAGAACUGGUUGUUGCGGGCGGAGAACGCUCGGCUGGCGACGUUGCUCGAUGCGGAGCGGGCUCGGCUGGACAGGUUUUUUGUUGGGAUCAGUGGACUCGUCGACCACGUGAAAGGGUUGGCCGAGCAGGUCGACGACACCGAGAAGUAUGCCGCGGAACAGCUGCAAAACGCGAUGGAGGCCAUGUUGAAGACCAUCACGGGCAACAUCACCGGCAGCUUUGACGAAGCGUGGAAGUUGAUGAAGACAUUCGCGGAACAGGCGACGGAGUGGUUGGAGGACUUCGACAAUUCGGAGGGUCAUUUCGCGUAUGCACGGGCGUUAGCGGUCUCCGCCUUGGCCGAACACGUAGAUUCGGUGGUGGGCGAUGUGAAGAAGGGGUUGGAAGAGUACGUCUCGAACCACCUUGCCUCCGCGCAGGUCAACAUCGCCACCGCCAGGCUCGCCGUGCCGCCGCCGCCAUUGCCUCAUCCCACGCCGCCCGCCAUCCCGGAAGAGCUUUUGAAGUUGUUCAAGGCCGACAUCAUGAAGGCGGUGACGGAGGCCACCCAGCAGUCUUUCGUUGCUUCCGGGAUGAAGAUGGUGACAGAGAUGAUCGGCACUGUGGCGCCAGGUCGACGUGGGUUGUCGCCUUUGGCCAAUGACGCCGAUAACGUGCAAAGGAAAACGGCCGAGAAGCAGGGCCAUAAGAGGACGGGCGACGGAGACGACAAGGAGAGCUCGAAGUGGAGCAAGGGAGUGGACGGUAGCCGCGGGUCAAAGCCUGCACAGCAGAGCGUGGUCAACCAGCUGAAGACGAAGGCGGGGUGGAAGGUGGUAAGGACGUCGCACAGCAAGGGAGGCGGAAGCGGGGGAGCAGAGGGUGGCCGUGCCGGCGGGGUCGCCGCUUACGUAGCUGCUCCGACUGGCCCGCCUUUGGUCGCCGAGCAGACCCAUCCUCAGGCGAGCGGUGGGAAAGGCGUGACCGACAAGGAGGUGCCAACUGCUCAGGCGGCGAAUGAUGGCGACUCCGGAACCACCAAGGGACCGUCCGUCGCGGCGGCGGCCAAGCCUGCUUCUGCUACGGUUGCCGGCACCACCAAUUCGAGUCCCCGUAACCCCCUUGCGGGUACGAGCGCGCCUGCCGGCCACUCAGGUGCAAACAAAGAUGGGGAGGCUGCUCCAGCUCCAGCAGCCCCGGCUGCCGCCAAGGGCGUCGCGAAGGCUUCUUCGGCUAAGGGUGAUGUCGUGGCAUCAGCUAAGCCCCCCCCCAGUGGUACCGCGGUCAGGGAGAUGCUCCGCCGCAUGGAGGCACAUAGCAGGGACGUGCAGCAGCAUCCCGUGGUCGACGCCGGCCUUCCUGGAACAGCACGUCGCUCCGUCACUACGCAGGUUGCCGGCAAGUCGUCCGGUGCCCCACCUGCCGCGCCUCCGAUGGCCGCCCCACCGCCUGCGGACCCCAACCAUCAUGGACACGGCGCAUGUGGUGCCGUCGGCGACCCAUGGAGGGGGUUCGGCAAAGCAGACGGCCGCAACGGCUGCUGUCGCCGAGAGAAAUGUUGGACGAAGGAAAAGGACAACAACGGGAAAGGGAAGGCGGUCUCUCAGAGGAGCACGCGGGCGAUGUCUGCGGGGAAGUUGAUGUCGGAAGAGAAAGGGAAGAAGGCGGAAGGGGAGCAGGACAAGACGGGCGGCAAGGGUAAGCCGGCGAAGAAGGAGAAGGCGGAGGAGGAGGACGAGGAGGGCGGCAAGGGAGAUAAAGAGCAUGGACGCAGGGAUCAUGGCAUCCGCCGAGACAAGGCUGGCGACGGGCAAGGGUGGGAGGGCGAGAUUAAGGUAAACGGACAGAAUCGGUACAUCGGCAAGUCGAGGGAGAAGAUGGAGCUGGCCUACGAGCACGCGAUUGCGUUCGUCGUCUACGACGGCUACGUGAGCAAGGUGCUCAUGAAGGAGCUCACCGUCUUGAAGCCGGGGGAGUUGGAUAAAUGGAAGGAGGUGUGGGCGGAGGUCAAGUUCUUGCCGACUAGGAUGUGGACGGUGAUGUGGGCAAGAGGCUUGUGCCAUCCGAGAGCACGGUUCGACGACAUACUCGGCAGGUACCGUGGGUACGCGAGUGCGGGUGAUGCGCUUCAUGACGUGCUCUGGCCGGCGAUCUGGUUCCCCAUCAUCGAGGACACGGAGGAAGGCAAGGAAGAGACGGACACUCUCAUGUCGGCGAUGGUAAAUCGCGUGUCGAUGUGCGCGGCGUAUGGGAAGGUCACGGCGAGCGCGGCGUUUGGGAAGGUCGAUGCGAGCGUGGAGGGGAAGGCGGACGAGAAGACGGAGAUGGGGGCCCAGACGUUAGCGGCAUGGGCAUGCGCCAUCUGGUGCUUCUUGGAGACGGGGGCGUCGGUGCUCGGUGCUGUGGGCAAAGGGAAGGCGACGGCGAUGGUGGCAGGUGCGGGGGAGGCGAGGGCCGAGGACUUCAAGGAGGUGAUGCACGCGGUGGUAGACAUAGCACGCAGUAGGCAGGCUCCCGUGGGGGAGGUUGCACAUAACGCCGCGCCAUCGCUGCAGAGCCAGGCAGUGGCCAGGGCCUUCGCGAAGGGAGUUGAGGAAGUCGAGGCCGACAUGAUCGCAAGAGCGACGGUCGAGACCUUGGCGUUCUGGGGAAUGUGCCCCGUCGCCGGGCCCAAGCUCAAAGCGCAGGGCAUCGAUGUGCUGUGUGACGCGAGGAUGGAGUACGAUAUGGAUCACACGGGGAGGAAGGGGGAGAAGGUCAAGCAGAGUAAGGGCAGCAGCAAGAGGAAGAAGGGCAAGCAGGGCAAGGGCAGUACGGAUGCGUAG